CAACUGGCAGUAGACCGCGGACGUCGUUUUCUACUUUCGUUCACCGACUGAUCUAAAUAAAUCUGAUAGCUAAAUUCUGGGCACAGGACGUAUCAAACCACGGCAGUUGUUACUUUGUUAGUUUGUUUAGUUUGUUACUUGUUGUUCCUUUCAUUAGUGCACCACGAAAACAACUGUAUUUUAAUAAUAAUAAUAUAACCGUACUAUAAUAUCGCGUUGAUUGCGUAGUACGUGUUUUUGUUUAUUUAUUUUAUUGUGCGUGUCAAGAUAUUAUUUUUCAAUAACGAUUAACGACGAGUUGGUCGAUUAUAUUUUAAUUGUUCAGAUGAGUUGAAACGCUCAACCAACGCUCACAAUGUUUAUACUAAAGAUAAUCGUCAUCACGUCAGUGAUACUUCACAUUGGUUCACCAGCGGCGCAAUGUGGCUCCGAUCCUGUAUUUGAGUUUCAGUGUCUAACUCCUGAGUGUGACAGUAUACUGGUGAAUGAUAAAAUCUCUGUGGGCCGACGUCUUAUUAGUCCAAAACAAAAUGUCACUAUUAUUGGUCAAAAUGAUGACAUGUUUUUGGUAAAAAGCAUGAAGGGUAAGAUGUCUAAAAUCAAUAGAAAAGAUAUUAAAAUAUUUCAUUUGGCUAAAUUUGAACAUUGGAAGUUUAAAGUAAAUUUUUUUAAAAAUAAUUUGGAAAUAUGCGAAUUAAAUAAUCAAAGUAAUGAAGAAAACAAUAGUGAUUCCAGUAUCUCUCAAAUUAGUACAAAUACAGAUGAAAUAAAUGUUAAGAUAAAUGAUGGAAUUGAUACAUCAGAAGUUAUCCAAAAUGUAAAUAAAUUAGAUACUGAACAAUACGAUGACAACUUAAGUAAUGAAACAGAUUCAAUUUCUUCAGAAUUUGACUCUGAAUUUGAUGAUGAGAUGGAUGAAAGUAUAGAAAUCGAGAGUGAAGAUGAAUCAGGUCUAGAUGAUAUUUUAGUUCAAAUACCAUCAAUUGAUAGUACUGAUAGCAGUAUAACUAAAAGUGCAGUUAAUGAUAUUUUAUCUACAACGAGUAAUCAGAUUUUAAAUUCUGGACCUGUUAAUUCUGAAAAAAAUUAUAAAUCUAAUAUUAUUGACCAACAAAAUAUCCAUACAUUAGCUAAUGAUCAACAAUUGGAAAAUGAUUCUUCAAUAGAUUGUUCUUCAGGUUCUUGUGUAAAAGAAGUAAAUGAUAACAUUGUUACUGACAAUUCAAGAAGCAAUAUUUCUCCGGAAAGUACAGAUGAUUUUUCUCAAGAAAUAACACAGCAAUCACAAAAUUUAAAUAAAAUGGAUAACUCAAUAAAAGAAUCAGCUAAUAAUAUGCUGCCAACAAAUAUUAAUUCAGAAGUAAACUUACAAGAUGACAAUAAUAAUAACAGUACUGAAGAAUUUAUUUUAAACACUUCAUAUCAACAAAAAAUUGAAAAUGAAAAUAAUAUUCAAAGAUCAUCACAUUUAGAUAAUACAGAUAAUUCGAUUAAAAAAUCAGUUAAUAUAGUAUCACAAAUCUCUGAUAUAGAUAUUAACUUACAACAUAAUAAUAAUGGCAAUGAAGUGCUUAAUAUGAACAGGUCUUAUCAAGAAAGUAAACCUAUACAGACUACUCAACAAUUACCAAGUGAAGAGGAAAAACUAGAUGUCUCAAUAAAAGAUUCAGUUAAUAGUGAUAUACCCAUACAAGACUCCAAUACAGUAGUUAGUUUAAAUGAAAUUAGUAAUGAUUCUAAAGAGUUGAAUAUGAACAGUUCUUAUCAACCAAAAAGUGUAGAAGCAAUAACAAAUGUUUUAAUAAAUGAAUCAGUUAGUAAUAUAGAGUCACCAAACUCUAAUACAGUUGAAGUUAAAAAUGAUGUUACAGAACAGCUUAAUAAAUCCCAGCAAGAAUUUAAAGAUAGUGAUUCUUUACCAGCUAUCACAGAAGUGGACAAUCAACAGGUUAACACUAAUAAUUACAUACAAUCAUCUUUAUUAGAAAAAAAAAUAGUAGGAAUAAAUAAUGAAAAUGGAAUUUCAAACGAUAAUACUAUGUUUAUUGGGGAGAAUUUAAAAAAUGAAAUUAUAAAAGAGCCAGUCAUUAGUGAAAAAACUAUUAUUGAUAUUCCUGAAUUAUCAAACGAUCACAUAGAAUCUAAAUCUCAUAACAUUCACAAGAAUAAUUUACCUAAUGUUGAAUCUGAUAUAUCCAUUAAUGAUUCAACUAAUGGUAAUAUGGCAAAUUUGUCCUCAUCGCAGGAAUUAAUUAAUGCAACAGAAAUUGUUUCUUCUAAUGAUUACCAUACAACAGUUGUUAAUGAACAAGAUGUAACAGAAACAUUAAACAAAGAAUCAAUUGAUCAGUGUACAUCAGCUGGGUGUUUACAAUCAAUAGACAGUACCGAAAAGUAUGGUUAUGAAGGUAUUCAACAUCAGUAUAAAUCUGAAAACAAUGAAUUACCCUCCGAAAGUAUUAAAAAAACUAUGGAAUUUGAUAAUAAUGAACAGUUGAAAGAAUUUGUACCUAAAAGUUUUGUGGCAUCUUUUGGUCACCCAGAGGCUUGCAGUGGAGUUAGCUGUCUUAAUUUUAAAAGAAAUUUAGAUAAAACAGUGAAGUCAACACAGCCUUUAAACCCAGUUCCCAGAACUUUAAACCCUGAUGAAAUUUUGCAUUCAACUAAUAUUGACAAUGGGAAAGAAAAAGAAAAUAUAAUUAAUGAAGUAACUGAGCAAUCUCAAGUGGAAUUAAGCUUCUUAGAUCAACUUCAAAAUUGGUUAUCGUCUCCUUCUCUAAUUACAAUUGAUUUUCUUUGGAACAUUUUUGAUGAUAAUACUAGUGAAUACAAUGAUGUAUAUCCUGAUGCUGUUGAAAAUCAAAAAAUUGUAGAACAUAAGAAUAUCAAGCAUUCAGAAUUGUACUUCAUUGUUGUGGCUUUAGUCACAUUACUAUUUACACUAAUUUAUUAUAAAUAUCAAAAUGGAUCAUAUGAAAAUCAUUUGUUAACAUUACUAGCAGCUAAAGAUCAAAGUUUACUAAUCGUGGAAAAAGAACUAUUAUUAUUAAAAGUACAAAACUCUGGAAAUACACAAUCUACAACAGAAAGGAAUUCUGAAAUUGAAUCUUUGAGUGAUCAUUUGACUAAAGCAGAGGAUAUUAUAUCAUCUCAAGCCAUACGAAUUGAAAAUCUUGAACAAGAAGUUGUAGAAUUAACUGAAAAUGGUAUGGAAAUGCAUACACUAUUAUCUUCUGCAUUAGAAUCUAGUACAAAAAAUAAAGAACAAUUAAAUACUUUGAAAGUAAAAUUGGUUGAUUCAGAAAAUUUGAUAACAGCUCUUACACAAAAAAAUUUUGAAAAAUCUACAGAAUUAGAAAAAAAAAUUGAUGCUGGGAAAGCUCUUUUAAUAACUGUAGAAGAGUUAACUAAUAAAAAUAAUAGCUUGGCUGAAGACAAUGCUAAACUAUCUUUACAAUUAAAAGAAGUCAUUAAUAGAAAUAAGGCAAAAGAAUCAAAACUACUUGCUGAAAUAGAUAGUUUGCAAUUUGAACUGGACAAGCAUACUUCUGCUUUAGUGACAGCAGAAAAUGAAGUUUCUUUAUCGAAGGAAGCUUUGCAAGAAGUUAUGUCACAGAAAUUUAAUCCUGCAGAUAGCAAGCAAUUUUUAUCUUCAAUUAAAUUAUCUGCUGAACUCAAAUCAGCAAAACAAAUAUCUGAAGGAUACAAACAUAAAUUAAAUGACGCUUUAAAAUCUAAUCAACAAUUCCUGGAUAAUAUUGAAGUUUUGAAAAGUAAUAUUGCGGACUUAGAAAAUAGCUGUUCAAAAUUAGAAACAAUGAAUGAAGAGUCUGUGAACAAAUUGAAUAUUCUAACAAAGUUUUUUAAAGAACAAGAACAAGAGUACCUUAAACAAAUCAAUGAGAAAGCAAUGUUGUGUGACAAUAAAGAAGGUGAAUCUAGUGAUCUUAAUGAACGUAUUAAAUCUCUAAACCAAGAAAUUGUCAAUUACAAAUCAGAAAUUCAAUCAUUGAAAAAGGAAAUAACUGAUCAAGAAACUAGUUUCAAAAUUCAAUUAUCUGCAGCAGAUAAAAAAGCCAGUGAUUAUUGGAUAUCAUUCAGACAAGCUGAGCGAAAACUCAAGGAAAUGGAACUCGAAACUGCUCAACUAAGAAAUAAAUUGACCAUGGUUGAUAAAAAACUUGAAAAUGGUGCAAAAAGCAUAGAUUCGUCUAAAGACUUUGAAGAUGAACUAUUGGAUAUACCAUUGCCAACUGUGUCUCCUGAUUUCACAUUAUUAUCAUUACUUGAUUUUGAGCCACCUCCUCCAAUUUUAACCAAUCAACGGUUACCUCCACUUGGUGCAUUGGGUCGAGCUCCAAGUCCACCAGCUCCUUUACCAAGGAGGCACAAUCGAUCACUAUCACCUGGUUCUCCGCCACCUUUACAAAGGUCUUCCGCAUUUCGGCCAUUGACUCAAAGAUAUAACUAUAUGAAUCGUGAAAAUUCAUUGGGUCAUUCGGUUGAAUCCCUUGACAAAUAAUUAUAUUAUUUUGCACACAUUGUUACUAUUAUGAUAUGCAAAUCUCUGAGAUUAUUUUCAGAAAUUUAGUUUUUGUUAAGAUUAAUUAUUUUUGGUGUAUAUCAUUUGAUUUAAGUAUUUUAAUUUUUUACAAAUCCUUUUUUGCUUAUUUUUUUGGUUUUUUGCUUACAUAUUUCUAACAAUUGUUAUAUUUAUUUUUGUUUUCACUAUUAAACCUGUAAGUAAUUUCACUGUGAUUUAAUGCAUUUUUAAACUGUCCAUAUAACUACAAUUAAAUGUGUGUAAAAAAUUUCAUUUGAACCUAUUGUUAGAAAAUAAGUCGUUUAAAGAUGGAUCCCUAUUGAAGAAUUUCUGUACAUUAGACCAACUGAUGGUAAUUCAACCACCAUAUAUAUAUAAUAUGGUAGAAUUGUAUCAAUAUAUUACAAUUCUCUGUAAUGUUGUAAACAGAAAUGUGCACGUGUAAACACUUAUGAGUGCUUCAUUCAUUUUCAACUUUGACUGAUGACUGAUGAUUAAAGAAAUAUAUUUUUGUAGUAUAAGGAUUAAUAAUAAUGUUUUUAAAUGUAUUAAAUACUUUAUUGCUACUGUAAUAUAUUAUGUAAAAUAUUAAUAUGAAUUUGGAAUAUCAAUACUGUUUAAAAUAUUUUAUAAAUUAUAAGUUAUGUUAAUAGAAUUAUAGAAUUAAACUCUAUUUGCCAUUCCAACUCAGUGUAAAAAAAAAAACUUAUUUAGUUAUAAUAUUUGUUUAACAUAUUUUAUAGUUAUUUUAAGAUUUAUGUGUUAAUUUAAACCCAUUGUGCUAUCCAUGCUAACACUUGGUGAAGUGGUGAAUUUUCUGGUACACAAUAUUUUAUUUUCAUUAUUAUUAUUUUCAUUAUUAUUAUUAUUAUUACUAUUAUGUACUGCUGUUGUUGUUAAUGGUUAUUACUUAUUUCUAAUAAAAAUUACUUUAUGCCAAAAUCA